GGUCCCCCGAGUCAGUGAAUUCUCGUUUGUUAUACCGCACCAGCCCAUUGCCUACGAGCGGCUUCAGGGCGCCAGGGCUCUUGUUGUACAAUACAAGAACACUCAGCAUCUCAUUGGUCCCAGAUGCGACUUUGAUGUUCUGGUUGCUCCUCUCGUUCACUUCUUCUCCUUCCUUUCUUUUGCCUCUUAACUGCCCUGCUCCUUCUUCUCUUCCUGUCUUCUUUACGCUGUUUGAUCAUGACCUUGUCAAGUGAUGUUCUAACAAACAUAACUUAAGAUUGAACUGUCUUGACAACUACACAUAUACAGGGGGCUUGAGGCGAGUCUCACAGAUAGUAUUACAUGAUCGGAUGUGGCUUUUGUAUGCGCUGGCAUAAUCCGCAGUUUGUCUUCGAACAGGAAACUCCCAACAUUCACUUAGUUUCAUGUACUUUUAUCUCGGCCACCAUGGCCUACUGGUCCGCCCACCCGGGCGUCGCCCUGGUUACCAUCGAGAAGCUCCUGAAUUAUAGCAUCCUGACGCCGGAAACUGUCAUCAACUGGGCCCUGGUGAUGUUCACAUGCCCCAUGGACAUCGAUGGGCAUAAGCACCAACCCGAGUAA